AAGAGAUAGAGAGUACCGCCCUUCAGUUGUGUUUAAAUGUGAAGCGGAAAAUCAUCUCUGUGGCUCAGGGGAGUGAAGAGGCAAUUCUAGUGUUAGAGCGGGUUUGCCGUGUUUUAGAUCUUAGCGCUCUCUCUCUCUUUCGCUCUUUGUUUGUCCUACAGUGUCCCUGAUUUCAGCUUCAGGCUUCAAAGUGAGAAGAACUGAGAGUUUCUACAAGACAACAAUACCUGGACCCGGGAAUAUCUAGACACCUCGCAAUGGAUGGAUUGAGGACAAAGUAUUGAGUUCUCCUACGGCUGUCCCUGAAUGACACAGAGGAGUGUUGGGAUGUCGUGGCUGGUGUGGGUGUGGGUCAGUGUGACAGUCCUGCUGAUGUGUGAGGCCACUUUCUACGAGACCAUCCAGCAGCACCUGGCCCCUCCUGGAACCAACAUACAGAUCCUCGAAGGAGGGACAUGCGAGGUGAUUGCGGCCCACAGGUGCUGUAACAAAAACAAGAUAGAAGAGAGAUCUCAGACCGUGAAGUGCUCCUGUUUACCAGGGAAAGUAGCAGGGACCACCAGGAAUAAACCCUCCUGUGUUGACGCCUCCAUAGUGAUUGGGAAGUGGUGGUGUGAGAUGGAGCCGUGUCUGGAGGGAGAAGAAUGCAAGACUCUACCAGAUAACUCCGGCUGGAUGUGCUACUCCGGAAACAAGAUCAAAACCACCAGGGGAAAUAUCCAAGACGACAAGCUGAAUUAAGUUUUCCCAACUCGAAACCAACAGACGUGUCUAAUGACUUGACAUGGAGCCCUUUUCUCAUAAAUCCAUCUGUCUCUAACACGGACACCAGACUUUCUAAGAGAAUCGUUGUGGGCGUGGAACUGCUGGCUCUUUCAUUGUUUUGUUUGACAAUUGUCAAAUAUUUGUUUCCUCUCAGUGAGUCCUGGAUAAUUAAACUUGUAUCCCUUUGUGUGGAGUGCACUCAAACCAGCUACACCUUGCCUGAAAUAAUCUUCAACUGUAAAAUUCUUGGAUGUUCCUAUGUCUCCGGAAGAACAUGUUAAUUCUCCUACUGUAUGUAGUGAAACUGGCUUCCUGCUCAUGUGGAUAUUCAGAAGGGGAUCGUCUUCAAGCAACUUUAAUAAAGACACUUUGUGCAUCGACUAUGAACAAAAUGCAGAGGAGCAUGUGUACAUGGAAUGACUGAUCCCAUCCUAUCCGGCCGGAGACGUUCCUCCAUUUCUUGGAACAUUAUAUCAGAUUAAGAGUUCUGAAUGAAUUAUGGUGUGGUACUAAAACCAAAUAAGUCCUUAGCAUGAUUUUAUGGGAAGUUGUAAUAGAUGAAAGAAAUGUUUUUCAUAAAUAAAAUGAAUUCCAAAAAUGGUGAGAAUUAUGUUACAACUAUAUUUAAUUUGCAAUAAACAAUAGUUUAAAUGUGAAAAUAAUGGGUGAGAAGGUGCAAAGGAACAGCCAUGUUUACGUGUUCUUGUUCUCUGUUCUAUUGAUUGGUUAAAGAUGCUAUUUUUAUUUAUGGGCUUCAGUAAUAUUUUGACAAAUUGAGUCAUCAAGGCUUAACUGAAGUGUUCUCAAAAUGUACAUGUUUAAUCAAAAACUAAUAGACCAUCACUUUGGCUACAGCAAUAUAUAAAAGCUGUGGAUUUAUUACUGAAGUUAAUGAAGCCUGAUUGAAAUAUGCUGUUGCAUGCACAUAUAAAAUACCGUGACAUUCAAAUAUUCUGAAUCAAAUUCAUUUCCCAUUGUUCAAAUAUACCUUCAUUAAAUGGUACAAGACCUACUAAGACCAUUCUGUAUAUUAAGGGUUCUGGUCAUUUGAACGGA